UUUUGGCGCCAUCGCUACCGGGACCACAGCUAGGUUUGCGGUGCUGCGUGCCAUUCAUUUGCCAUUCAUAUCUCGACGGAAAACGGACGCGUUCACUUGCGGUGCGGCUCACGCAAAGUGCUCUUAGAAAAGACAAAGGAAGUAACGACCAACACCACCCCCCCAUACAGAAAGUGUAAUCUCCGGUGUGGAAAGUGCAGGCUAUAGUUUUGUACAGCCGGCUAGAUUGUUUUGUAUUUGUGUGCUGCUAAACCCCCUAAAUUGUACGUGUGUGAAGAAAAGAUGGUUCUGGAAAAGGAAAACUUUGCCGAAAACAUGGAGACCAUCAUCAAGAACACUCGCAAAGUGCUGACGGAAAGUGGAGCUAACGUGGCGUCCCCGACCAAGACCACCCCGAUGGAGGAGGGUAAAGCACCCGGCGACGAAGGUACGUCCGAUCCGAAGGAGCUGGCCAAGAGCGAACUGUCCGAGGUGCAUUUGCGUGAAUCGGCACCGUUCGAUCCGUCGAUCGAACCACUGCUCCGGGACAACCCACGGCGAUUUGUGAUCUUCCCCAUCCAGUAUCCGGACAUUUGGCAGAUGUACAAGAAGGCCGAAGCAUCGUUCUGGACCGUGGAAGAGGUAGACCUAUCGAAGGACAUGAAGGACUGGGACUCGCUGAAACCGAGCGAACGUCAUUUUAUCUCGCACGUGCUGGCCUUCUUUGCCGCGUCCGACGGUAUCGUGAACGAGAAUCUGGUCGAACGGUUCAGCCAGGAGGUGCAGGUAACGGAGGCGCGCUGCUUCUACGGCUUCCAGAUUGCGAUGGAGAACGUCCACAGUGAGAUGUACUCGCUGCUGAUCGACACGUACAUCCGUGAUUCGAAGCAAAGAGAGUUCCUGUUUAAUGCCAUCGAAACGCUACCGUGCGUGAAGAAGAAGGCAGACUGGGCGCUUAACUGGAUCUCGAGCAAGAAGGCUAACUUUGGCGAGCGUGUGGUCGCAUUUGCUGCCGUCGAGGGUAUCUUCUUCAGCGGCAGCUUUGCGUCCAUCUUCUGGCUCAAGAAGCGUGGCCUUAUGCCGGGUCUUACCUUCUCGAACGAGCUGAUUUCGAGGGACGAGGGAUUGCAUUGUGAUUUCGCCUGCCUGAUGUUCAAGUAUCUGGUGCAGAAGCCUUCGAAGGAGCGCGUGACGGAGAUCAUCCGCGAUGCGGUAGUGAUCGAGCAAGAAUUUUUGACGAAAGCCCUGCCGGUCGAUAUGCUCGGCAUGAAUUGUGAUCUGAUGUCGCAGUACAUUGAGUUUGUGGCGGAUCGUUUGCUGCUGGAGUUGGGCUGUGACAAGAUCUACCACACGAAGAACCCGUUCAGCUUCAUGGAGUUCAUCUCGCUCGAGGGCAAGACGAACUUCUUCGAGAAGAAGGUCGGCGAAUACCAGAAGUGGGGCGUGAUGGCAAACCGUCUUGACAAUGUGUUCACGCUCGAUGCAGAUUUCUGAGUCGCGUUAAGGGAGGUCAUUAGGUGGCUGAUGAGCGCUAGAGAAUUGAACAGGGUCAGUGGUCAGUCAGACGCAGCCGGUAUGCGCGUGUACUGCCUUGGCGCGGCAACAGUGUGAUUUCGUUGUGUGGGGUUAACGCAACGCUCUUCCCCCGUCUCAUCCCACCAUCAUCGAUCCUUCGGGAUGAAAUUUGUAUUUCGGUUUUUUUUUCUUCUUCUUUAAGACAGCUUUAUUUCCGCGACUGGACAAUACUUGUGGCACCGGGCCAUCAGCGAAAGGGUCAAGAUUUGAUUUGUAAUGCCUUAUUAGACACGAAAAUUAUGUACAUUUUUUCGCUUUUAUUUCAAUUAUUAUUUUAAAACUAUCAUCUCUCCUCUGAACUGACCGAAAAAUUGUCCGAGCCUCAUGUAAACCACUGCGCGAAAAGUCGAUUCUUUUUUAUGUGUUUUUCAAGUGCACUAACUCUACGUUUCUCUAGGAUAAGGAUUAGUUAAAGUUAGUCGUACCGGUUCGCGAUGCAUCAUACAUUAAUUCUACAAAUCGAAAUAGCAUAGCCAGCAGCAGGGAGGGAGAUGGUUAAAUUGCGGAUGGUGGAGAGCACUUGACACGAGUUGUGUGUUCUAUUGAUUCACGAGUGGAGAGAGAUGGGUCGAAUGCAGUUUGACUAACUUAUCCCGCAACUUCGACGAACCUGUAGGACGUGAUGAUGGGUGGUGUGUGUGCUUGUGUAUUCUUCGAUCACGGCCUGCAGUGUCGUGGAAGGCGACGACCUGGCCCAGAGAGGUGCUAGCUGUGGAGAGGGUUUAGGAUACAAUUAAAUUGUAAUUUUUAUAUCAUAAAUAGGCAUACUAUCCCGACGUGUAUACACAACCCCGUUUAAUGGAAAGGAGCAUCUUUUUUUUUGAUGAAUCUGCCAAUAAAGAAGCUUUUAUAUAUGUAACUACGGAGAA